GCUUCUCUCUCCUCAUACCAUCCUGGGUUCCUCCAUUCCCAGGGGCUUUCCAAGCUGCUCUGCUCCUCUUCGUUCCAAUCCCUCCCCAAGCCAGCAGCUUUUAGAUCAUGCCUGGAGGUGAGUGGGGAGGUGGGAUGUUGGGUAGAACAAUUGACUAACAGUAGAGUCAGGCCUCCAAGAAUAAGGAAAUGUAACAAUUGGACUCUUCUUUUCACAGCUAAGACUGCCCAGAGUCCAGAGGAAGGCGGUGUGUGCAUUACUGAAGCCCUUAUCACUAAGCGGAACUUGGCCUUCCCUGAGGAUGAGGACCUGUCAGAGAAGAUGUUCCACACGCUUGCUGAUCUGCAGACUGUCCGCCUGGACCGGGAGGGAAUUACCACUAUCAGGAACCUAGAGGGCCUCCAGAAUCUUCACAGCCUCUACCUGCAAGGGAAUAAGAUUGAGCGAAUUGAGAACCUGGCCUGCGUCCCCUCCUUACGCUUCCUGUCUCUGGCAGGAAACCGAAUCAGGCAGGUGGAAAACCUCUGCGACCUCCCACACCUCCAGUUUCUGGACCUUUCUGAGAACCUGAUAGAAAUACUGAAGCUGGAUGAAUUCCCCGAGAGCCUUCUCAUCCUCAACCUGACUGGAAACAGCUGCACCAACCAGGAUGGCUACAGGAAGCUGGUGACAGAAGCCCUGCCACUGCUCCUGGACCUAGACAGGCAGCCUGUGGCAGAGCGCUGGACCUCGGACGAGGAGGAUAAAGCCUCAAGCGAUGAGGACGAGGAGUUCCCAGAGCUGAGAGGCCCGUUCUGCUCCGAGCGAGGCUUCCUCAAGGAGCUGGAGCAGAAGGUGAGCAGGCGCCGGGGGCACAGGCAGCACACAGCCCUGCUGGAGCACCUGCUGAGGAUGGAGAUGCGGCCCGCCCUCACUGACCUCCCACUGCUGCCAGGGGCGCCCAUGGCCGGGGACAGCAGCCCUUCUGUCACUCCCAGGCAAAGGAAGGAGACAGCCCCGGAGCCCGUCUCCUUGCCACAAGCCUCCUCUGCCACCAAGAAACCAUGCCUUCUGGCUUCCAGGAGCCAGCAAAGCACUGUUCAGGCAGGAAAGGGGGCCAGAGCGGCCACAGCCACCAAGGCCUCGCCGGCUGGGGCCCCGAGCACGACCAAGACUGUGACCAAAAGAAUCAAGAAGUGAAGCGCAGCCCAUCGCUACCAGCAAAGCCCCAGGAACACGGAGGAACGAGGAGUGGAGUGGGUCUCCCCCUCGCCUCAGAGCCCUCACCUGUGGCAGGAGCCUGUCCCCAAUAAAGUACCUCCAGGCCCUG